AGUUGAAGGCGAUAGGGAAAUCAUGAGCGGCCAGCACUUCAAGUUAUAUGAGAACAUUUUCAUCGAAACCAAUUUGCAGUCUACUGAUUAUGAUGCAGUCAUAUUAUUACUCUAUCCUGAUGAAGUUGAGGUGACACUUCCGAGACACGUCGGCAGUUUCGUGAGUACAACAUUGAAAUUAGACAAACACGUCCAAAAAGUGCCGACUGUAUGGAAUUGCGAAUAUGUCUCCGGUGGCAGACUCGUGUUGUCCCCGACCGGUAAUAUAACGGCGUACCAUGAUGUGAGGGUGGUGAAAGAAGCUGCUAAGAAAGGUGUUCUGAGAGCUUUAGAUGCAGGAGCAAGAAAUCCUUUGCUGGUCGUUCAAAAUGUAGUCGACUUUCCCGAUGGACAACUGGUUGGUGUGUUGGGUGCUCUUGAAGCUCUUUACGUUCCGUUACAAAUGAGGGAACGGGAUAACGUUAAGAAUGUCACUAAAAUAGGAUUCCACGCAGAAGAAAAAGUCACGCAAGACUUCGAAAAGGUAGUGAGGAACGCUAUCGGGCUAGAAAGAGCAAGGAUUUUGGCUAGAGACAUAGGCGGUUCUGAUCCAGAGAGAAUGACUCCUGCCAACAUUGUCGAAUAUGUGAAAAACUCCUUCGUAGGCGAUAGCAAUAUAAGUGUCACUGUCAUCGAUAAUGAAGCUGUAAUAGCAAGAGAUUAUCCACUUUUGGCUGCUGUUAACAGAGCAGCUAAUCGCGUCGAUAGACAUAAAGCGAGAGUUGUAGAAAUUGUAUACAAACCAUCAGAUAUUACUAGGGUAUCUGAAACUCUUAUGCUAGUGGGAAAAGGCGUUACUUACGAUACAGGCGGUGCGGAUAUCAAGAUCACCGGCAGAAUGGCUGGAAUGUCGAGAGACAAAUGUGGGGCCGCAGCUGUUGCUGGCUUUUUGAAAGCCUGUUCGAUAUUGAAACCUUUACAUUUGAAGGUAAUUGGAGUCUUGUGUCUUUGCAGGAACUCUGUAGGCGAAGAUUCAUACGUAGCCGAUGAGUUACUCGUCUCGAAGAGUGGUAAGACAGUAAGAGUUACUAAUACCGAUGCUGAAGGUAGGUUCGCUAUGGCGGAUUCUGUUUUUAAAAUGGCUGAACUCGCUGUUGGAGAAUUGAACCCUCAUAUAUAUACGAUAGCAACUCUGACGGGUCAUGCGAAACUUUGCUAUGGAGAUUAUUCGGCUGCUAUGGAUAAUCAUAGUGCUAAAGCUACUAACCAUUCGAAUAGACUUCAGUUCAGCGGUUCAAGAAUGGGAGAAGGGAUAGAAGUGUCUGUUGUAAGACAUGAAGACUUGGCUGUUAACAUCGGAAAAUGCAAAGGUGACGAUCUUGUACAAAUUGAUACGGACGCUAAAGGACGUAAUCAUCAGUUAGCUGCAGGUUUUCUAAUCAAAGUGGGUGGUUUGGAAGAGAAGAAUGUUAAAUACACGCAUUUGGAUAUAGCUGGAAGUGCUGGGAUGCCACCUCAUGAGCCUACUGCUGCGCCAAUUUUGUCUUUAUGCCAUGUGCAUAAGGUUCUUUUGUGAUUGGUAAACGUUAACGCGUCUUACAAAAUAAUAGUACUUAUAUUUCUUUACUUGAUAAAUAGAAGUAUAAACAUUUUUUUAACUCCUAAGAUGGCGGUA